AUGGACCUCGGCCAUGGAGGCCUGCGCCGGCAGGCCUUCUCCAAACUCGCUGCCCUCUCCUCAGUCCGAUCCUCGACCCGCGAAACAGACUUUAAGCGUCUAACCUCGUCGGCGCCGUUCACCAAGUCCCAAGGAAGCGGCGGUGUCCUCGAUGGAGUCCUUCGGGCUAUUGCACCCACUUCUCGGGUGCCCAUGUCUCCUCGCGAACUCGAUGUCUUGCUUGCAUUAUGCGCCAGUGCCCAUGACUUGCAUGAGCUGUCUCAUGCCGACCGCCUAGUUAAACAGUUGACUGCUUACCUGCCCGAGUCACACUCACAGGUAUUCUCACCCUCGCCCUUUAUCCAAGAAAUCAGACCCGCCCCCUGGACCGCCCUUACGUUUCAACUUACGAAGGCCCUUCUCGUCCUCGGACUGAGGUUUCCCCCAUUGAAAGAUGCAGUCGCAUACAGCAUCAAGCUGUAUACGCAGAAUUGGUCUCAAUCCGCCUCAGUACUCGCCGCUGUGGGUGUUGGCGAGCAAAGUCCAGACGAGGACGAAACCCAGGAGAUCGCAGCCAUAACGGUAUCGUUGAUCGGGUUUCUAGAUGCGGCGGCAGCCCAUGGAAAUUUCUGGUCUCCCUACGAAACAGUCGAACUCAUUCGGUGCUUGAAAGAAGCUUUGUCAGAACGUUUCCUGAUAGCAGUUGAGACUGCCUCGUCAGCUAUUCGAAAUUCCACAUCCCCCGAUACCGCUGAACGAGACUGGAGAAAAUAUUUGAAGAGAUUUGCCGCACAGGGCCUUCCUGUCGGCGCCAUGCUAUUGCAAAAAGGCUUUAUGAAGCUGGUUCUUGCGUGUACGACCAGAAUGUUAUGCGAUGAGCAUACAGUAGAAUGCGGAGACAUACUCGAUCAAUACAUCGCCGGGACUCACUUGAACCGCGUCAAAGAUGACGGCAUUACUGAUGACAUGGUCGAGUAUCUCGUGGACAUUGUCGGCGAGCAAAUGCGCGUGCUGGAAGAUGGCUCGGACUAUCUGCAACUCAGCUCUGUCUGGCAACAGCGUCUCGCGUUUUCCGUCAAAGCAUACGCUGUCGAAGCAUAUUUGCAUUGCUUGGUUCUUGACGAUGAAAUAGCGGAUGCUGAGGACCUUGCAGGUUGGCUUGAAGACUCGAUUGCGAACCAAGUUCAGAUGGCAGAUAUUGACCUUGCCGACAUAGUGCUGAAAUGCAUUGCUGUGGUGGCUAAAUAUAUACCUGAGGGUGCCAACAACUACGCCCGGGCCCUGUUGAGAUUCAUUGUCCGAGGCACCUCGAGACCACCAGCAGUUGCCAUUGCGGCGCAAAGCCUGUCGCAUAUUUUGAGGAUGCUGUCACAUGAUGCUGUCAUCACAACAAUAUACUCAUUGGGAAAUGUUCUCAGUUCGCAAACAGGGGCAGAAAAGGUUCAUCAGGCUCACGGGAUAUUGGAAAUUACUGGCCAAAAUGGUUCCAUGUCAUCCACGACAAGACUCAGGACUGGAAGUGUCAUCUCGCUGUCUUUGAGUGGCGACGAAGAAACAUCACUUGUCUGUGGAAAUGUUGCAGAUGCGAUUGUUGUCAUAGCUACUGAAUGCAACGACAGCAAAAUCAUCGCUCUGGCACAGAUGAUGAUGCUGCAAAAAGUCGGCAGGAUCAGCGUGGUCGUUGACGCUCGUAUUAUCGAAGAAGCUGCAAAGCUUGCCAUUAUUGGCAAGGAAAACGAGUUCAAGGCUUUGCUCAGACUUUACACUCGACUGCAUCACGAGGCUGUGGUCCAAGAAAAUGCCACCGUUUCACAAGCUGUGCGCAACGGCCAAGAAUACUUGGCGAUCAACUUGGACAACCGAUCACCACUAUUCAAGAUCUAUGCAAUGCAGCUGCUGGAACGGGUCCUUAGUAAGGGAGACGUCGUCGAAGGAGAAUUCAAGCAAUCCGCAGAAGUCGAACAGGCUGCGAAAGAGAUAGCACCUCUUCUUAAACCUCUGUCCAUUCUCGCUUCUCGGAAACCCGCUCUAACGAUUGAAAGCACGCUUGCCGAAGACGGCGAUGUGCUGACCAUGGCCCGAGAAGUUUGGUACAACGUGGCCGUGCACGGAAUCACCCUUCAGUCUCGCAUCGGCCAACAGUAUUAUCACGAAUUGCGAGUGUUGGCGAUGAAUUCAAUGCCUCUCGUGGAUGACGAACGUGCCGAGCUUUUAGAAUCGGACGUGGAGAUCAAUACUGUUCUGCGAAGAGGAAUGAACUCCCAUCAUAUGAACGACCAAAAGAAAGCUCUGGUUUUCGCCAUUCCAGAUAGAGAAUCUGACAUCAGCAAGCUUAGCUACCAGAAGGUCGUGUUUUUGAACGCUGUAUUUCUGGUCGAGAGUCUCAGAGCUGUAUCUGGAAGCUGUGCCGAGAUUCUUGACUACUUCUCAGACCCGACCACGCAAUCCAGCCAUAUGGGAGCAUGUCUUGGGUCGAUUGCGAGCGAGGUUGUCAAAAGAUACACCCAAAAAGCUGUGGCUGGAAAGGAUGAUGAAUUCAGUGCACCCUACGUGUCUCGACAACUCGCUCGAAUCCUUAGUGGGUGCUGCCAUCGUAGCAGCAAGAUGCAAGAAGUCGCAAGGGCGGCAGCCAACCACAUCAUCAGCUUUGCACCCUCUGCAUUGUGUCAGAAGUCCGCCUUGUUCGCGUUACUGGAACUACUUUCUUUAAUGUGGUCCAGUUGUCUCGACGCAGAUACCGACGAGUACGAGUGGCGCCCUACCCUCACCUCCGCUAGAGGCAAGGUCACAGUUGAAUUGUCCGACGAUUACGCAUUCCGAAAGCGCACACUGCAAAACCUGCAUAGCGAUGCCAGGAAAUGGGUGACUAUGGUGAUGGGAGUAGCACCCUUGGAUAUAAAAGGCCUUCUGCAGACUUACUUAUCUGAAUUCGACGAUACUGGCGCAUACGGUCACAUUUCAUUGGGCAGGUCGUUUGCCCUGGAAAUGGGCUCAAUGAUCUCUCCGACAGACCGCAGAUUAAACGCCAUCGACCGUAAGAACGACUCGACAGACAUCAAUAUGGCCUCUGAUUUUGUAGCUCAAUACACUGCACGGCAGGAAUAUCGAUUCACUGGUAUUCCAGACCACCACCGGGACAAUAUUUACAUGGAUGACACGACUGGACGAAGAUCUUCCAUCCAGAGACCUACCGAUCCAAUGCCCAUCUUGCAAGAUGCACUCCUUGACCUACACAAAAGGACAAGUCAGAAGAUUCAUGUCAGAGCAUUUGAAGUUAAAGAUGUCCUCCGACGCGCAGCAGCUCUGCUCUGCCAAAGCAAAAAGUCGCAGACCGCCAUCGUGCACUAUCUGGUCAAUAUUCCCUUUGCCAUUUUCACGAAAGAAUCCAUUAAACUUGGGAUCUCUUUAUGGCUCGGGGUCAUUCAUGAGAACACCAGGAUGGAGGCUCGAAUCUUGACAGAGGUUGCACAGGCCUGGGAAAGGACCAUCAAUCGGAAAGUCGGUGUUUUCAGUCCUAAAUUCGAGCAGCCGGAUCCAUUUUAUGUUAAAGAAGAGUUCGCUCCAUCUGACAGAAUUGCCCUACAAAAAGAAGCGCAAGCGGCACACAAUACUAUUGCCCCCCAUUUCAGGUUGAUGCAGUUUUUCGAAAGUCACUUCAAUGCAAUCAGACUUGGAAGCGCAAACACUCAGCGUACCUUUAUCCGAAUGCUUGAGCGAACUCUUCGGGGAUUUGUCCAUAUCAAGGGACAUCCUCUCUUGCGCGACAUACAAUUCCACGUUGUCCUCUUUGCUCUUCGAGUCGUCAAAUUCAGCACCUGUCUGAACAAGUUGGCUAUGUGGAAACUAAAAGAUCUAAUUCUAUCUGUCGGCCUUCAGUGGUUCGCUAAGUCGCCAUUUUGGUCUUUCGGAGGUAAUCGGUUACAAUUAAAGGCUGAAGUUCAAGUUAUGCAAGAUGUUCUGGUCUUGUUGCAAGGGAUGCGGACACCCAUCUUUCCAGCGUCGGCGACCAGGAAAGACCCCCAACAGAAACACGACUUAUUGGAAGCUCUUCUCACGAACGAGAUCAACCGGCUUAACGUUUGGUUGUCACCGCUUGGUCACACAGGACACCACAGUCAUCCAGAGUCUCAAGUUGUCGGCUUUGUUCGAACCGCGUGGGCAGAAGAUCCCGCUCUCGCCAUACAACUGGUCGCCCGAUUCAACCAUGACCAACUUCGCCGCGAUGUUCGCUUCCUGCUUAUGAAUCAACCGGAAAAAGCAUUGCACGAGGCCAAUGCAGUCGAUUUGUUGCUCGGAGAUGCUCUGUCUUCAGACCUGUCCUUCCAGUUGAAAUAUCUGCUGUACUGGUGCCCGGUCAACCCUAUUCAGGCUGUAACUUACUUCAUGCCCGCGUUUGGAAAUCAUCCGUUCGUCAUCCAGUAUGCAAUGAGAGCCGUGGAGAGCCAUUCUGUCGACGUUACUUUCUUCUAUGUCCCACAGAUUGUACAGAGCUUGCGUUAUGAUACGCUGGGAUAUGUUGAGCGGUACAUCAUCGAGACCGGCAAGUUCUCACAGUUAUUCGCUCAUCAGAUUAUUUGGAACAUGAAGGCCAAUGCGUACAAAGAUGAAGACUCACAAGUACCGGAUCCUGUCAAGCCCACGCUGGAUAAGGUCAUGAACAGUCUCGUCGAAAGUUUCUCCGGCGAAGACAAGGACUUCUACCAGCGCGAGUUUGCGUUCUUUAGUGAAGUGACCGAUAUAUCGGGCAAGCUCAAGCCGUUCAUCAAGAGGCCCAAGCCUGAAAAGAAAGCCAAAAUCGAGGAAGAGCUUCGUAAGAUCAAGGUUGAUGUUGGGGUUUAUCUCCCGAGCAACCCCGAUGGUGUCGUGGUUGGCAUUGAUCGGAAAUCUGGCAAGCCGUUGCAGUCCCAUGCCAAGGCUCCGUACAUGGCGACCUUCCGGAUUCGCAAGAAUAAGGAUGCUUCCAAUGAGGAGACGAACGAGUUGGAAUCAGCACCGAAGAAUCAGAUCGCCAAUUCCCGGUUAGGGCACAGCCGCAGAAAUACGAGUGACAUCUCCAACGUUGAAUUGAAUGAUGGGAAUUCUUCAACUUAUGAGGUCUGGCAGAGUGCCAUCUUCAAGGUCGGCGAUGAUUGUCGACAAGACGUCCUCGCCUUGCAGAUGAUUGCGGCUUUCCGCGGCAUAUUCAACUCUGUGGGUUUGGACGUCUACGUGUUCCCCUACCGCGUCACCGCAACGGCGCCGGGCUGUGGCGUCAUCGAUGUCCUUCCGAAUUCCAUCAGUCGCGACAUGUUGGGCCGGGAAGCAGUGAACGGUCUGCAUGACUAUUUCAUCACCAAAUACGGCGGCGAACAUUCCGUGCGGUACCAAGAAGCCCGCAGUGAGUUCGUGAAGAGCAUGGCUGCAUAUUCCGUCAUCACGUACCUCCUACAGUUCAAGGACCGUCACAACGGAAACAUUAUGAUCGAUGACAAAGGCCACAUCCUUCACAUUGAUUUCGGAUUCUGUUUCGAUAUUGCCCCCGGCGGAGUCAAAUUCGAGCGCGCACCUUUCAAAUUGACGCCUGAGAUGAUUGCCGUCAUGGGCGGGGAUGACCCCAAUACCAGCCAACCAUACCGCUGGUUUGAAGAGCUGACCAUCAAAGCCUUCCUCGCCAGCAGACCCUAUUGCGACAAGCUCAGUCAUCUAGUGAGUCUGAUGCUGGAUAGCGGGUUGCCAUGUUUCAAACCCGAAACGAUGAGGAAUUUCAAGCAGAGAUUCGUGCUGGAAAAGAGUGAGAGAGAAGCUGCAGAGUUCAUGUUGGGUUGUAUCAAGAAGAGUGCGGCGAAUGUGACAACCAAAGUGUAUGAUGAGUUCCAGUUAAUCACCAACGGGAUUCCGUACUAG